AUGUCGAAUUACCAACUUUCCAUCGUCAUUUACGGCCCGGGCACAGACCCGAACAAUCGGUCACAUUGGGCUCUUGCGCUGCAUCGAGAAGGGGAGAUUCACGGGGAUCUAUUCCAAGUGCUGUUAGUAGAUCGGGAUAGACUGUGGUACCAAUUCGAUAAGAGGACCGGGGUUGAGAUACUGGAUAAAAGUUCGGAAGGCUGUGUUACUGUAGCGACGAUAUCAGUAGGACACCGGAGACACGCGAAGCGGAUCAUGUCCACGGAACCCGUACCUAUGGAUGGGUUAAAACGAUGCCAGGACUGGGUAGCCGAUUGUAUCGUCACGCUAGAAAUCGAGGAAAUCGUCGAAGCGGGAACGUCACAUUUCGUCCAAAGACUUAUCGGAUUACCCGCGAGCAGUGUAGCGGAGGAAGUAGGGCCAGAAAGAUGGACAGAGACGGAGAGAUGA